AAUUCUCCUCCUCUACUACCUCCUCCUCUCAAUCUCCCUCGCUGCGUGUUUUAUCGCAGUCUCUCUUCUCCCCGUCUCGAAUCUGACCUCCGCUAAGCUUCGUGAAGAAGCAGUGGAAGAACAAGAAGCCGAAAUGGCGACGUUUGAGAGCUUGAUUGGCUUGGUGAACAGGAUACAGCGAGCUUGUACUGUGCUCGGCGACUACGGCGGUGAUAGUGCUUUGCCUACUCUCUGGGAGUCUCUCCCUACUGUUGUUGUUGUCGGUGGUCAGAGCUCCGGUAAAUCGUCAGUGUUGGAGAGCUUCGUAGGGCGCGAUUUUCUUCCUAGAGGAUCAGGGAUUGUGACAAGAAGGCCUUUGGUGUUGCAGCUGCAAAAGACAGAGAGAGGACAAGAGGAAUAUGCGGAGUUUCUUCACUUGCCAAAGAAAAAAUUCACUGACUUCUGUAUAUAAACUGUCAUGCAAAUUCUAUAUGGUUCCAUUUUUGUGAUGUUUAUUAAUUUUUUGGUGAUCAUUCUUGCAUUACUAAAAAAAAUGGUGGUAAUUAGUUAAAACUUGCAGUUGGAUGUCUUCAAUUGUGCUAAGUAAUUUUGCACUCCUACAUUAAACUUUGGUUCUGAAUAAAGCAUGCGUCUGGUAUUAUGGAUUGUUAUUUUGAAUUUUUCUUUAUGAAUUGGUUACCACUAACUUCAUGUACUAACUUUUACGGUUUCUCAAUUACUAUUUGUAUGCAUUUAAUUUGUUCUUAAAGCUGUUGCACUGAGAAACUCUCCCUUGAAUUCAAUGGCAGUACAUGAUUGAACCCUUCUUUUUUGUGGUUCCAUUUUUCUUAUGCAGCAAUGGUUCGGAAGGAAAUUCAAGAUGAUACUGAUAAAAUGACUGGGAGGUCAAAACAGAUAUCUCCUGUUCCUAUUCAUCUCAGUAUCUACUCACCAAAUGUUGUGAACUUAACCUUGAUUGAUUUGCCUGGUUUGACAAAGGUUGCUGUAGAGGGACAGCCAGAGAGUAUUGUUCAAGACAUAGAGAACAUGGUUCGCUCCUAUGUUGAGAAGCCAAAUUGCAUCAUUCUUGCUAUAACUCCGGCUAAUCAAGAUAUAGCAACAUCUGAUGCUAUCAAACUCUCCAGAGAAGUUGAUCCAACAGGUGAAAGAACCUUUGGUGUAUUAACAAAGCUUGACUUGAUGGACAGGGGAACAAAUGCUUUAGAAGUUCUUGAAGGAAGAGCUUGUCCUCUUCAACACCCUUGGGUUGGAAUUGUGAACCGCUCCCAAGCUGAUAUCAACAAAAAUGUUGACAUGAUUGCUGCUAGGCGGAAGGAACGUGAGUUCUUUGCCACUAGUCCUGAAUAUGGACAUUUAUCCAGCAAAAUGGGUUCAGAAUAUCUUGCAAAACUUCUCUCAAAGCACUUGGAGUCUGUAAUCAAAGCACGUAUUCCAAGCAUCAGUUCUUUGAUUAACAAAAGCAUUGAUGAACUAGAAGCAGAGUUGUGCCAUCUUGGUAGACCUGUUGCUGUUGAUGCUGGGGCCCAGCUGUAUACCAUCCUAGAGUUAUGCCGUGCAUUUGAUCGUGUAUUCAAAGAGCAUUUGGAUGGAGGGCGACCUGGUGGUGACCGCAUUUACGGAGUUUUUGACAAUCAGCUACCUGCUGCUUUAAGGAAACUUCCAUUUGACCGUCAUUUGUCACUGCAAAAUGUAAGGAAAGUGGUUUCAGAAGCAGAUGGGUACCAACCUCACUUGAUUGCCCCUGAGCAAGGUUAUAGACGUCUCAUUGACAGUUCACUUAAUUACUUCAGAGGUCCAGCGGAAGCCUCUGUAGAUGCUGUUCACAUCAUUUUAAAGGAGCUUGUAAGGAGGUCAAUUGGAGAAACUGAGGAACUAAAGCGAUUUCCAACACUUCAAGCUGAAAUAGCAACAGCUGCUAAUGAAGCAUUGCAGAGGCUCCGUGAAGAUGGUAAGAAGACAACCUUGAGAUUGUAGAAACACCUCAAAUAUAAAUGUGUGAUCCUUUGACACCUUGAGCACUUCAAGUGCCUUCAAGUAGGGAUCUGGGUGAGGCUUGCCAUGCUCGCAUUCGUCUCCUAUAACAACAGUAUCAAAAAAUUCUGAAAGGUCAAGUUUGUUGAUCACGAGUUCAGCACUUGGUCUAGAAGCAUUGGUAACAGCUGCCCGCUUCAAUCCAUGAUCUUCAAUCCAUUUCUUCACCUUAUACAAGCCAUUUAUAGCCUCCAACUUCUCUGAGGCCAAUCUGUUUGUUG